ACGAACAGGAUCGAGACGACACGUAGGCAUGCCAUGGAAAACUACGAGAAGGACCUCAAGGCUGUCCAGGAACUUGAAACGAAGCUCGGCUUUCAGCGUGCGCUGGACCAUCUGGAGGGUCUGGUUGUUGCUCAAAUUUUUGAACUUUCGAAGAUGAAUCAAGCGGGGACGGGUGAGUACAACACUGCUGCUCGAGCACUACGCCCCCCGCGUGCCUCCCUUUCAUGGGAGGAAGUCGUUGAAUACGCCUUUCUUUCCGACUUCGAUCUCCUCCGUGACGCACGUCAAGACAUAUCACAACGUCCUUGGGCAACACCCACCGGACGCCUGACCAUGGAUACAUAUUUCAAGACGCGCCGUGCCCGUGAGGAAAUACAGCGUCUCGACAUCGAAAUCAGACGUCUAGCCACUUACCUACACGACGAGAGCCGGUACCUGACAGAGUGCGAGAAGCAGCUGCAAACUUUGCACCCCGGGCUUGCUCAUCAAGUUUCCUUGCACCGCAAGAUUCGCGCGCGGUUCGCUGGACACCACUAUCAGCGCCUGCAUGAUAUCAGUAUGCUGGAGGGCUUUACAGGAUCCAUCACGCUGGGUGAGAGUGUUGAACGAGGACCGGGAGCCAGCGCAAGCUCCCCUAUAGUCUGUAUUCCUGCGCAGCUGGUUGCUGAUGGGCUUAGCAUGGUGCCUGAAGGCGAGGAUGAUGCACUGGAGGACCUUGAGGACGAUGAGAAUGCUGACGUGGAUGGUGAGGAGCAUGCUCGCGUUCUCGAGAGUAUUCUACAGGUGACCUUAGAUGUUUGA